GCGCGGCGGGUGCCUGUGUCCGCGCUCGGCAGAGGCCGGCGAGUCCCGGGGGAGGCGGCCAUGUCGACCGGCGAGGUGGAGCGGCUGGCGGCGGACCUGAGCGGGACUGGCGGCGAUGAGGAGGAGGAGUGGCUCUAUGGCGAUGAAAAUGAACCAGAGAGACCAGAGGAACAAAAAGCUAGUGCUCCACCGCCUUCUGCAAAUGAAGAGGAAGCUGCUGAAAAUGGUGUAGUGAAAACGAAGGCGACAGAGGCUGAGGAUGACAGUGACAGCGACAGCGAUGAUGAUGAGGAUGAUGUUCAUGUCACCAUAGGAGAUAUUAAAACAGGAGCUCCACAGUAUGGAUAUGGAACAGCUCCUGUGAAUCUCAACAUCAAGACAGGAGGUCGAGUUUAUGGAUCAUCUGGUGCAAAAGUCAAAGGAGUAGAUCUUGAUGCACCAGGAAGUAUUAAUGGUGUUCCACUGCUGGAAGUAGAUUUAGAUUCUUUUGAGGAUAAACCUUGGCGAAAACCAGGUGCCGAUCUUUCAGAUUAUUUCAAUUAUGGGUUUAAUGAAGAUACCUGGAAAGCUUACUGUGAAAAACAAAAGAGGAUACGAAUGGGACUUGAAAUUUUACCAGUUACCUCAACUACAAAUAAAAUUAUGGCCGAAGACAAUUCUAUGGAAGUAACACCAGGUGCAGAGAUUCAAGAUGGCAGAUACAAUCUUUUUAAGGUACAGCAGGGCAGAACUGGAAAUAUGGAGAAGGAGGUGGCAGUGCAGUUGACCAAAGCUGAGUUUACGUCUCCUCCCCCACUUUUCAAAUCAGGAAUCCCGACAAACAGUUAUCAAAUGGUCCUGAAGAGCAAUUCUGCUGGCAACUCAAAAAACCUGAAGGCAUUUUAUCAUAGUAUCGUAGACGUUACAGAUGAUGGCAGUGGAAAUAUAUUGAAUCAUCCAGUCCCACUCUUCCCCAAUUCAAGAAACAGCACCUCUUCUCAGUCACAGACAAGCACUGCUUCCAGAAAAGCCAGUUCAGGCAUCGGGAAGUGGCAGGAGCGAUAUGGGAGGGCCGAAUCACCUGAAUUAAGGUAAGAUUGUCUGGUACAAUUGAUGUGAU